UCUAAAUGAAAUAAAACAACAUCUAUUAUAAUGCACUACCUUGUCAAUUGUUUACCUGAGUUAAUACAUAUGUAUAACCCCAUUUUUGUCUUCUAAGUAAUUUUUAUGAUUCUUACAAUUUUAACAUUUUAUUAUAAAUAGUUAUAUAAACUAAUCUGAAUUUUUACCUUGGUUAAAGUGUAUAAUGAUGUCAAAAUUGUUUACAUAAACAUAUUACUACUACAAUUACGCAUGUACUUAGUUUGUAAUGAUUCAUAAAUGAAUCAUUACUAUUAAUUGGAUUUGACUUCAAUGUUGAAAUUUGUAUAGAUUCUUAAUUUUUUUAUCGUUUUGAUUAAAAUAACAAAGCUGAUAAAUGUAAGUGAUAGUUUUAUUAAAACAAUCCAAGUCCAGUCAAGUUUUAUUAAAGCAGUUCGAGAAGGUUAUGUAAAUAACUCAUGUUUGAAGAAGCAUAUGUAAUUUUCUAAGUUUUAUUUACAUUCUUAAAUUUUAAAAUUAUUCUAAACAUCAAAAUUGUACAAAUAAAAGACAGAAAAUAUUCUUCUUGCGAAAAUUAAUAUCAAUAGUUUUACUAUAUUAUUUAUCAAAACAAUUAUUAUUUAUUCCUAAAUAAAAAUGGGACAGUUUCAUGGCAGUGGUAUGAAUACUCGCGUGAUGUAUGAUGAAAAAAGCGAUAAUGGAUUAGUUCUUGGUGGAAAAUAUUUACCAGAAGAACUAUUAGCAGAAAUUUUUUGUUAUGUUGAUUAUAAAUCAUUAUUAAAUUGUCAAUUGGUUUGCAAACUUUGGAAAAUUUUAAUUCAAACUUACGUUUGGCGUAAAAAAGCAGAAAUUUCUUUCGGUCGAUCACUUCUUUUGUAUAAAGAAGUGCCUUGGCAUGUGUAUUAUCUAAUAUGUAAAAAAAAACCUUUUGAAAGAAACUUAGUGAAAAAUCAUUCUGGAGAAUGUGGAAGGCACAAAUACUGGAAAAUUCUUAGUGAAGGUGGUGAUUGUUGGAAAGUAGAAAACCCUCCAGUGGGAGUUACACCUUUGCCAAGUAACGAACUUAUUUUUGAAGGAAAACAAUUUUGUUUUGUUACUUCUUACCGUAGUUGCACUAAAGCACAAAUAAUUGACCUAGAGGUUGAAGGAUUGACACCAUAUAUGCUAGAUGAGUUACAGCCUAUAAUAGUGGUGAGUGAGUGGUACAGUUGUCGUUGGGAUUGUCCAGCUAUAUAUGAAUGUGCUAUCAAAUUGUUAGGGGAAGAUAAUAACGUCAUAGACCUUUUUCACUUUCGUGAUAGUAUUGAAGGGGAAAAACAAAAUCAGUGGCAUCAGAUGUCACAUGAGUUUAAAAACUAUGGACCUGGACUCAGAAAAAUUUCUUUUUAUCAUGGCGGUGCUGAUAAAUUAUUUUGGGCUGGACACUAUGGUAGUAAAAUGGCAGGCGCAUGUGUAUAUGUGAAAAUUCCUACUUGUCAACUUCACGAAAAUGAAUAAAUCAAUAUAUCACCUAAUGUGGAUUAAUAAAAUAUAAUGCAGAAUAUGUUAUUGAAUGAAA